UGGAUGCGCGCUGCUGAGGGUGCAGAGACAGGAGGUGUCAGUGGGGAGGAAGACUCAAUCCAUCAGCAGCCAGAGUGACCCUGAUCGACGUGGACCGUCCGGGAGCAGAGAGCAGAGAGGAUGAAGCGAACAACUUUCCUGCUGCUGUUUGGAGUCGUGCUGAGCUUCUGUGACGCUCAGUCUGAGACGGGAGGCGAUGAUGCGGCUGCAGAGGAGGAACACGUGGAGCUCUUCACAACUCCGACCACAAAGAUGGGCGCUGCCACCUCCGACUUUGGUUACAACCUUUUCCGCGCGCUGGCGAGCCGUGACGCCUCCACCAACAUCUUCCUGUCCCCCAUCAGUGUGUCGGAGGCGCUGACUCAGCUGUCCAUGGGAGCAUCUGUACGUGCUCAGGCGCAGCUGCACAGGGCCCUGAGGUACCACACCCUGCAGGACCCUCAGCUCCAUAACACCCUGAAGGACAUGCUGGCCUCAGUCAGGACGGCAGGGAAAGGCCUGAGCACCGCUGCACGCUUGUACCUGGCAAGACGACUUCGUUUGAAGCAGGAAUUCUUUGGUCUCGUGGAGCAGCAGUAUGGAGUUCGCCCCAAGGCGCUGAUGGGAGGAGCCAAAGAUAUGAAAGAAAUCAACGAUUGGGUGUCCCAGCAGACGGGCAGGAAGGUUCAGCAGUUUCUGACUCAAGCCCUUCCUCGAGCUGCCGGCGUGAACGCCGUGAGUGCCGCCUACUUUAAAGGGAAGUGGGAGACUCGGUUCGGUCAGAGCGGAGGGCUGGAGAACUUCCAGGUGGACGGCGCCGCACCUGUCCGUGUUCCCAUGAUGCAGCAGGAUAACUACCCUGUGAAGAUGGGGGUGGACUCAGACUUGAGCUGCACGAUCGCUCAGAUCCAGAUGCAGGAUGCAGUGAGCAUGUUCAUCUUCCUGCCAGAUGAUGUGACCUCCAACACGACCCUUCUGGAGGAGAGUCUGUCCGCUGAGUUUGUCCAGGACCUCUCCAUGACACUGCUUCCUGCCAAGGUGUCCCUCACUCUGCCCGUCCUGAGACUCAGCUACUCCACAGACUUGCUGCCGCUGCUCGGUGACCUGGGUCUCUCUGAAUGGCUAGACAACCCGGAGCUGGAGAAGAUCUCGGCACAGGCCGCCAAACUCACCAGUGCCCAUCACAAGGUCACCAUGGAGACGGCACCAGAGGGGAAUCAGUACCCGAGUGAAACGGCACCGAGUCACCUGACUUACCGAGUGGACCGCCCCUUCCUCUACCUGAUCCGGGACGAAACAUCGGGGGCGCUGCUCUUCAUCGGCAGAGUGGUCAACCCCAAAAGCCUGACAAUAUAAAUCACACACACACACACACACACACACACGUUUGUACUCAUGUCUCCAUUGGGACCCUCAUCAGCAGACUAUUUCAGGCCUUCACCCUAAAACUAAGACGUAACUCUCACACAGCCGUCUGAAAAUGUCCUCGAUUUUCAUCAGUGUAUACACACACACACACACACACACUCUUAGCAGGUCCUAGGAGGGAUUUCAGGUGUUUGGCAGACAUUUGAUUAUGAUUUGAUUAUUAUUUUUCAUGUUGAAACGUGAUCAUGCUAAUCUCAGAGGAUACACAAACACACCCAACCAACUCAAAGGAUUGUUUUUUAUAAAAUCAAAUAUUGUCAUUUGUGUUAAAAAGAAGUAAACACGACAAUGAAACCGA